AAUCUAUAAGGUCAUCUGUAGGUCUGGCCUUCCCCUUGCCUUGUUCUAGGAGUGCUGGAGCAGAUUUAGGUUGACCAUGGAUCGUGUAAAUUAAGAAAUGUUUCUUUUGUUAUGAUGAAGACGGGGAUGAUAGGCAGGUGUUUAUACGUUUCCAGCAAGCAUCGAUUACAGAUUACAACAAUCUGCUAAAUCCUUUUUCCUGAAGUUCUGUGUUUAAAGAAAAUAAUAAAGCCCAAAGAGAGGGCUGUGGGAAACUUAAUGUUUACCCAGCUGAUCAAAAUCACCUGGACUCCAUGAUGGCAUCUUGAUGUGGGAAAGAGAAAUUCUUUUUGGAUGAUUUAACUUACUGCAAGAUAUUCCUGAAAUGUAACACAAGAAGAAGAAUCUUCAGUGUAAAUCAGUCGCCAUACCGUAUUCUUCCACAGAGGCCUCAUGUCACAAUCUUUCUAAUCUUCUGCAUUAAAUACUGGACAGACCAAAGUGUUUAAGAAGACAGAAGUGCUUACAUAGAAAUUACUCUCUGUGAUGGGAGAGUUACAAAUUAAGCACCUCUUUUGGGGGAUUUUUCUUGAGCCUGGGGGCACAUUCCAAGCAGUGUUCCUCUUUCUCUUGAUUCCUUGUUCCUUAACUGUGGAUUACAGGGCAGCACCAAUUAUACCAAAUACAACUUUCCUUUGGGUCUGGAAUGUCCCAACUGAAGCUUGUGUAGGAAACGUUCAGGAUCCAAUAGACCUGAGCUUCUUCUCUUUCGUCGGAAGCCCCCGGAAAACUGCCACAGGGCAGCCCAUCACACUCUUUUAUGUUGAUCGACUUGGUUUGUAUCCUCACAUAGAUACAAAACAAGUAGAACAUCACGGAGGAAUACCUCAGAGGGGGGAUUUGCAAAGUCAUUUGGUCAAAGCUAAGGGUGACAUAGAACAUUACAUUCCAGUAGACAAUGUGGGCUUAGCUGUCAUUGACUGGGAAGAAUGGAGGCCCACAUGGUUGAGAAACUGGAAACCUAAGGAUAACUACAGGAAUAAGUCUAUUGAAUUGGUCCAGUCAAUGAAUGCAGGAAUUAGUAUCUCAGAAGCCACCCAGAAAGCCAAAGAACAAUUUGAAAUGGCAGGAAAGAAUUUUAUGGAAAGAACUUUACAACUGGGGAGAUUCCUUCGGCCAAAACACCUUUGGGGUUUUUAUCUAUUUCCUGAUUGUUAUAACAAUAAAUUUCAAGACCCUAAAUAUGAUGGGCAAUGCCCUGAUGUGGAAAAGAAAAGGAACAAUGAUCUUAAUUGGCUAUGGAAAGUAAGCACUGGCCUUUACCCAUCUGUCUAUUUGAAGAAAGACUUGAAGUCAAAUCGACAAGCUGCCCUCUAUGUCCGCUACCGAGUUGUGGAAUCUAUCAGAGUGUCCAAGGUUGGGGAUGAAUUGAAUCCAGUCCCAAGUUUUGUCUACAUCCGUCUUGUUUUCACUGAUGCUGUCUCUGAAUACCUUCAAGAGGAUGAUCUUGUGAAUACAAUUGGUGAAAUUGUUGCUCUUGGUCCGUCUGGAAUUAUAAUAUGGGAUGCUAUGACUAUAGCACAACGUGCGGAAGGUUGCCCAAUCCUACAUAAGUACAUGAGGACGACCCUGAAUCCAUACAUACUCAACGUCACCCUAGCAGCCAAAAUGUGCAGCCAAACUCUUUGUAAUGAGAAAGGCCUGUGUUCAAGGAAAAAUGAAAGUUCAGAUGUAUAUCUUCACUUGAAUCCAAGUAGUUUUAAUAUUAAAUUAACAGAAACGGGAAAGUACGAAGUUCAUGGCAACCCCAGGGCUGAAGACUUGGUAUACUUUUCGGAACAUUUUAAAUGCAGCUGUUUUAGCAAAAUGACUUGUGAGGAGACAUCUAAUAUAAAAAAUGUACAAGAUGUGAAUGUGUGCAUUGGUGACAAUGUUUGUAUAAAAGCCAAGGUAGAACCUAACCCAGCCUUCGCCCUCCUACCUGGCAAAAGCUUUCUCUUUAUGACAACCCUAGCUCACAUGCUGCAUCAUCUGCCACAAGAUAUUUUUGUUUUUCCACAGAAGAUGCUGGUUAGUGCUUUUUAGUUUUCUCUACCCACAGCAUUGGCUGUAUUAUUAUUUUUUGCAAGGCUCAGUAAUUUGGGAUUAUAAAUCGGAUUCUAUUUUGUAAAAGCAAUUCAGUUUUAAAAUUGAGAUUCUAUUUUUGAGUUUCAAAGACAAAUUAUAUAUUCUUCUACCAAAGACUGAUUGUAAGCAAGGCUACUACACUUAAAGAUUAGUUUUGGUGUAACAAGAUGAGGACUGAAUAAAAUAAAAUGACUAUAAAUUAAUGU